AUGGCGUCGCUUCAGCCGCGCCACAGCGGCUCCCCCAAGAUCGCGACGCGAUCAUCCUCGUCGGAAGGCGGUAAGCCUCGUUUUCUGUCGGCCGCCAUGACCGCCGUCACUGAGCGCAACCGAUUCACAGAAAUCGUGUUCGCGGCGCUGCUGCUGUCCGCGUCGCUCCGCAUCUGGCUCGACCUGCGCGUCCACGCACCGCGUCCCACCGAACUCCCCUGCCGCAACGACGACUCGCUUCAGCCGGCCGACCAAUCGACGUCCGCCGCGUCAGCAUACAUCAACGACAGCGUCGUAGCGCUGCCCGGCCGCGCGUGGCGGUUACCAGCGGGGGUGGCGUGGGCGUACGGCGGGCUGGGCGACGGCAAGGUGGACCCGGCGCGGUUCCGCCUGCACGUGAAGGUACUCGUCUUCGACCGCCCCGCGUACGCGCUCCGCUGCCUGCGCGCGCUGGCGGCGGCGCUGUACGACGCGGAGCCCGUCCAUCUGGACGUCUUCGUCGACCACCCCUUCGCGCUGCGCGCCGACGCCGCGCCCUGGUCGCCGCGCGCCGCGAGACGCGUGGCGGCCUCCCAUUCCCUAAUGGCGCAGAUCGACGCGUUCGCGUGGCCGCACGGGCCGAAGCGCGUGAUGUACCGAUCGCAGAGCGCAGGCGUGCAGGGCCAGUGGGUGGAGGCGUGGUGGCCGGAGAGCCUCGCUGACGUGGCGCUGAUGGUGGAGGACCACGUGGUAGUCUCCCCGCUGUACUACCGCUACCUGAAGCGCCUCCUGGCGCGGUACUACUUCCGGCGCGCGGACUUCGACCCGCACGUGCUGGGCGUGUCGCUGCAGCGCCAGUCCUUCGUGCCCGGGCUGGGCGCCGACCCGCUCCCCCCGCUGGCGCACGGCGCGCCGUUCCUGUACGCCGUGACGGGCACGUGGGGGCAGGCGCUGCUGCCGGGGCCGUGGCGGCAGUUCCGCCUGUGGCUGGACAAGCGGCGGUACAACGGCAGCCGGCAGCCCCUUGUGGGCGGGCUCAAGACCACCCAGUGGUUCCGCGACAAGGGCAACAGGAGGUGGUCGCCGUGGGCCAUCAAGUGGGCGCACAGCACCGCCAUGCUCUCACUCUACCCGCCCCUCCCCGCCAACCUCUCCCUCGCCUUCCCCCUCAAGCGCGCCGCCCCCCCCUCUGACGCCCCCCUCGUGCCGCUGCUCCCAGGGAUGGGGGCGGGUGCGGGUGGGGGGAGCGGGGGAAGCGGGGGAGGGGGCGGGGAGGGGGGGGUGGAGGGGGCGGUGAGGGCGUGGAUGGAGGGGCCGCUGCCGGGCAUGGCGCGCGUGAGGCGCUUCGACCUGUGUGCUCGCGAGCUGCCGCACCUCCCCGUGGGGCACUCCCUGCCGGACCUGCACUCCCUCCUCUCCGCCGUCGCCCAGGACAAGCGGGUGUCGCUGGUGGUGGUGCCGACGGGCGGCAGGGACGAGGUCAACAACUGGCUCUGCCACCUUGACGGCAGCGGCCUGCGCUCAUUCGUCCUCAUCGUCCCCCAUGCCAGCCUGGCAGCUGAGCUGUCCGCACGUGGCUUCGCUGCCUUCCAUCUGCCGCCACUCAGCAGGCGCCAGGUGGCACAGGGGCUGGGACAGCUGACAGCGAGGGGAGGGGUGAAAGCAGUGAGGGAGAAGGAGGGGUUGGAGGAGGAGGAGGGUGAGGAGGUGGAUACUGGCGGGCAAGUGGAGGGGAGGGCGAGGGGCAAUGUGGACGCCGUGUGGCGGGGUGACCCCAUGGCCACCGAGGCCCUCGGGCUCAUCCCUGCUGACGUGGACAUGUGGGGCCACCUUGACACUGCUGAUGUGGCAUCUAGCUUCUUUGUGAUUCGUUCUCGCGCCGCUACAGUCUCGGCGUGGGGCCAGCUGGCUAAGCUGUGUGCGCAGGCGCCCAAGGGGGGAAGCAUGGGGGGCUUGGACAAGGUGGAGGUGGGGUGUGGGGAGCCGGGGAGUGGCGUGCAGCAGAAGCAGAUGCGGGUGCUGCUGACUCAGGCAAUGCAUUUCAGGGAGGUGGAUUCGAUACCCUUUGGACGCGAUGGCGCAGUGCGUGUGCCCAAGGGAACGUUGCUACCUGCUCUACUGCCACCUCAAUUCGCAACAAAAGGGAAGAAAAUCAGAACCAUCCAUUCCGCAGGCCCGGCCUUCAAGCGCCCGUGGCAUCGACCGCCGCCAUCGCCGUGCGGAGUGAAGGCGCUGCGAGUCCGCGCCGCGCUGAGCCUCGAUGCCGCGCGAAACACGGUCGACCCCUUCUCGUUGCUCUCUGCCGUUCCGCCGCUCCGCGCGCCGUCUCUGGAGGAGGGCGCAAUGGGCAUGACGAUGAGGGAGAGCCUCGCCGUCGCGGUCGAGGCGGCAGGCGGAACCCGCCGGGCGGAAGAAGGAUAUCCGGGCGCGGCUUGCGCUGCUGACGCCGCGCCACUGACGCCCAGCCGCCUGGCGUCCCGGCUAGGCGUGCUCUUCUUAUCGGCCGCUGCGGCAGCAGCGGCGGGAACUAGCAUGCCCGCGCAGGCCGUGCAGGCGGAAGCAGUGCGGUCGGAAGCCGUUCAUGCGGAAACAGCUUGGGCGGAGGCAGUGCAGGCGGAGGCAGCAGCGACAGCAGUGACGGCACCCGAGGCAGAAGGCCAGAGCGCAGAAGUGGCGUGGCAGCUGCCGACUGUAGCGGUGGUUGCUGCUACAGCUGUGCCGGCUGUCGGUCCAGGUGGCGGCAGUCGUUCUCCACGUAAGCAGACAGCUCAGCAGCACGUGGCCGCGCUGGAGGGGCGCAUGCAGCGGAUGAUGGCGUGGGUGCGCCAGGGCAGGCGGGGGCGGGCGGAAGAAACAGGGGAAGCGGGGCGCGAGGGGCGCGAGGGGCAAUCAACGGCUGCGCAGCAGGCCGAGGCGGAAGCAGCGUGGGGGAGGGGGGGUGGGGAUGGCUCAGGGGGGAGAGGGGCAGUGGGCUUGGAGGAGGAGGGCAGUGGAGUGGGAGGAGCGCGGUUGAGAGAGAUGGGAGGAGAGGGAGUGCGGUUGAGCGACGGUCCGGAGUGGCUGAAGGGAGUGGCAGAGCAGUACGGCAUGGCGCUGCCGGCAGCUGUGGGGGCCACCAGGGGUGGGGCAGCCACGGCCGCAGCUGCCGAUCCGGCAGCAGCAGCGGCGGCGGCGGUGGUGGCGGGGAGGGUGCUGGCGGCGCUGAGGCAGGCGGAGCAGUCCACUCGCGCUGCACCUGCACACCCCGCCACAGCACCCGCCUCCACGCCCGCGCCCACCACAGCAGCCCCUGAGAGCAGGGCGCAGGCGCUGCAGGCGGCGCUGUCACCCCUGGAGCAGAAGCUGGAGGAGGCGGAGGCGUCUUGGCAGCGGUACGAGGCGGCGGUGCAGUGGACGGAGGGGCGCCUCUCAGCACUCGCCACGCUCGCCCUCACCACCGCCACCCACCCGCCCUCAUCCUCCCUCGCCGCAUCCCGCACCCACCUGCUCUCCUCCCUCGCCUUCGCCCAGAAGCGAGCAGCUGAGCGCAACCUGCGCCCCCAUCUCUCCUGGCCACUCCGUCAUCGACACCAGCGCUCCCCCCCUCCUCGUCGCUCGCGCCCCAACGACCGGUGCCGCGCUCGCUGUCGCAGCCGUCACGGGCGCUCUCCCACGCCUCAUGGUGCCCCACCGAGGCUGCUCACACCACUCAGCCAGCCCUUGGCCCACGACAGCACGAGCCUCGCCAGCACGCAUGCUGCCCUGAGCAUUCUCCAGCAGGUGCGUUGCGUUGCACUCCCUCACGCAUCAGAUGCCUCUGCCCAUCGCAUUGUACCUGCCCAUACCUCACAGCACCGUGCUCAUGCCAUGCUCUCUGCUCAUUUCCUCCCUUUCCUUCCCCAGGCGCCAGUGCUGGUGGAGGGAGCAGGUGGGGGCGAGUGGGCGAGGGAGUUUGUGGCGGAGUCGGUGGCCAGGGAGCUCAGCAAGCGCCGCACCCGCCCAUGGCCAUGCCACGUGAUGUGGCAAGGGAGGCUACAUUACUGGUAUGCGUUGGACGUGAACACGGAGCGCGCGGAGGACGUGCUGACGCACAAGCGGCUGCUGGAGGAGGCGGCGCGGCUGCACGGGCUGCCCGUCUUCUUCGUCCGCGCCGUCCGGGCCUGCCUAGCGCAGUGCAAUGCGCGCCGGCGCAAGCGCGCCGUUGAGGCGGUCAUGUGCAGCUCCCCAUGCGUGCGCGUGUGCGUCCCCCUUACGUGCGUGGCGCGCUUCCCCGCAGAUGGCGGCAGCGGGGAGGCGGGGCAGCACGCGAGCAUGGAGACGGACGACCACCAUCCCGCCCUGCCGCCCCACGGCGCGCUAGCGCCGCCAGCGUUUGGGUCGUCGCCGAAUCUGGAGGAGCCGGUGGCGGGCGGCGGGCACGGCGGUGCCAUGGGCGACCACCGCCACGCCGACCUCAGUGCGCCGUACUACAACGUGCCCAUGCACGAAGUCACCUUCUCCACCUUCGACCGCCCCAAGCUGCUCAGCCAGCUGUCAGCGGUGUUGGCGGACGCGGGGUUGAACAUAAGGGAGGCGCAUGUGUUCUCCACGUCCGACGGGCUCUCCCUCGACGUCUUCGUCGUCGACGGCUGGCCCACCGAGGUCCACCCUCGCAAUCAAACCCCCCCUCCUCCACCACUGCCUCUUUUGAGGCGCUUCAAAAGUAGACCAACCCCCCCCUCCUCCACCACUGCCACUCUCUGUGCUCUCACCCCCCACUGCCACUCUCUGUGCUCGCACCCCCCACUGCCACUCUCUGUGCUCGCACCCCCCACUGCCACUCUCUGUGCUCGCACCCCCCACUGCCACUCUCUGUGCUCGCACCCCCCACUGCCUCUCUCCAUACGGUCGUGCCAUGGCCAUUGUCCUCCGCUCCUAACCCCUCCCGUCUCGUCUGUGCCGCGUGACCAGGACGUGGUGGAUCUGCAUGCAGCCUUGGUGCGCGUGCUGCAGAUGGGGGCGGGCGCAGCGCUCUCCAUGCAGCCAGAGGCGUCCGGCCAGUCAAUGCAGUCAAUGCAGUCAGGGCGUGGCCCCGCGGGGUCGGAGUCAGCGGGCAUAGGGGGGCUGGGGGCAGGCGGGCAGGGGGCGGGGUCGUUGGUGUCGGGGGCGGAGUCACGCGUGCCCAUCCCCACGGACGGGCGGGACGACUGGGAGAUCGACAGCCAGCAGCUCAAGCUGCACCACAAGAUCGCCUCCGGCUCCUUUGGUGACCUGUACCGGGGCACGUACUGCGGGCAGGACGUGGCGAUCAAGAUCUUAAAGCCCGAGCGCCUCAACGACUCGCUGCAGCAGGAGUUCGCCCAGGAGGUGUACAUCAUGAGGAAGGUUCGCCAUAAGAAUGUGGUGCAAUUUAUCGGAGCCUGCACCAAGCCGCCUAACCUCUCUAUAGUCACAGAGUUCAUGGUGGGCGGCAGUGUGUACGACUACAUUCACAAGCAGCGCGGCAGCAUGCGGCUGCCCAUGGUGGUGCGCGUGGCAAUGGACGUGGCCAAGGGGAUGGACUUUCUGCACAAGAACAACAUCAUCCACCGCGACCUCAAGGCCGCCAACCUCCUCAUGGACGAGAAUGAGGUGGUGAAGGUGGCGGACUUUGGGGUGGCGCGGGUGAAGGCGGGCAGCGGCAUCAUGACGGCGGAGACCGGCACGUACCGCUGGAUGGCGCCCGAG